AUGGGGCUGCUGGAGCAGUGCGAGGCCGCCUUCGGCUCCCCCGACCUCUACCGUGUCCUGGGCGUCCGCCGGGAAGCCUCGCCUGAGGAGAUCCGCCGCGGCUACCACCGCGCCUCGCUCCGCGUACACCCCGACCGCGCCGAGCCCGAUGCCAAGGAGGAGGCGACGCGGCGGUUCCAGAUCCUGGGCAAGGCGUACGCCGUUCUGAGCGACGCGGAGCAGCGCGCCGUGUACGAUGAGCAGGGCACGGUGGAUGAGGAGGGCGAGGCGCUGAGGGGCGAGCGAGACUGGCAGGAGUACUGGCGGCUGCUCUUCAAGAAGAUCACAGUAAAGGAUAUUGAAGACUUUGAAAAGAGCUAUAAAGAUUCAGAAGAAGAACUAGCUGAUAUUAAAGCAGCAUACGUGGAUUUUGAGGGUGACAUGGACAGAAUAAUGGAGUCUGUGUUGUGUGUGGACUAUACAGAUGAACCAAGAAUACGGAAAAUCAUAGAAAAAGCCAUUGACUCUGGAGAAGUCCCGUCCUACAAAGGUUUUGUAAAAGAGUCUAAGCAGAAAACGAUCGCAAGAAAAAGGCGGGCAGAAAAAGAAGCUAGAGAGGCAGAAAAGACUAAAGACGAACUGGGCCUUGGUGGAGAAGAUGACUUGAAAGCGCUGAUUCAAAGCAGAAAUAAAGAUCGAAAAAAGGAAAUGGAUGACUUUUUGGCCCAACUGGAAGCAAAAUACGGGAAUAAUGCUAAAAAAGGAGGAAAGAAGACUGCAGCCAAGAAAGGAAAGAAAUAAAGAACUGUGUAGGCUGAAAUAUCAGGUAUCAUUUUGUAUGGGAACACAUGGAUUUGGGAGAAUUUCAGUUUUUCUGGGCUACUGUUUCGGAGUGUGUGUGCAUCAACUUGCUGUGACUGGGAGGUAUGAUACAGAAUGCAUCAUGAACAAGAAAGACAAAGCAUUCUGGUGCUACUGUUUAAAAUCCUUUGGGUGCUCUUCAGUUAAGAUCAAACAGAUUCUUGACUAAAAGUUUUGUUCCAGUAAGGAAGCGGUGUGAUGUUUGAGAUGGCGGUGUGUUUAUUAAACUUGUGUUGAAGCACCUUCCUUCCAAACACCUAAUGGAUGUUGGUACAGCUGAUGGUAAAACAAUGUAAUCCCACACCUUUGAGAGUCUGCAAUGCCGAUUCCUGUGGUUUCCGAGUUGGAAACCUUAUCUUUUUGCUAUUCGCACCUUUCUUUUGUAACAAACCCUCUGCUGUUUUUAAAGGUCUUUGCACUUCAGCUCAACAGGUGUUUUUCAGAUAUUCCAGUGCUUUUAUAAAGAUACUUUGGAAAAAUGCAGAUUUAAUAAACAAAAAGUUUUUGCAGAAUUCUGUGCUAUGUUGCUUCCCCAGCCCUCUCUACGUUUUCUAAGUAGUUGUUCAAAACAAACUGAUCGUGUUGACUCUUCUGACUGAUUUAA